AAAGAGCUCGGUUUACUCACAGAGGCGCUUUACUCAAAAACCUUUUUGUUUCAACAGAGCAAGUUCCAAAGUAGCAAAGCAGGAGAUAUAUCAUGAAGUUACUGGGCUGGAUGCACCGGAAGUUCAGACAGAAUAGCAAUGAAUCACUCAAGGAUUUUGUCAUUGAAAAUUCUGGCACACAUGUACCUGGACAGCCGCCACACCCUGAGCAAUACUGCUACGCUAAACCAAUUUAUGGAACCAAAUUCUACGGACAGAACCCGCCAGAUUACUUCAGAAAAUCCUUUGCCGGCAUUGAAGCAACACAAGUUGAUGAAGAAGAUCAUGAAGAUGAAGAGUCAGCAGUAGUUUCUGAGAUCUUCCAUGGCUUUCUUGCAAUUGGCACCCUUGGCUCAGACCCUAAUGUCAGUACCCCAUCAACACCGACAUUCACCAUCUCCUUAGAGAAUGAGACUGGAAAGGAAACAGAGGUAACAGAAAGAGAACUGAAACUCCUUAAUGAUAAUUUGGAGAAGAUUCUUGGAGCUGAAGUCAAAGAAGAGAUAUGUGAUGCCUCUUCGGGGAGAAACAGUCAUGUCAGUGCUGGCAGAAGCAGCCAAGGAAGUACCAUCACUCUAACUGGGAAGACUUUGGAGAUUCCGGAGACCAACCGCAGUGGAAGUAAUGUCUGUCCUCUCCAGGGAUAUCUCUUUGGAUCAGCAAUUGAAAUGUCGGAAACAACAACAGCAAAGAAGGAACAUAGGACAUCUCUGAGAGAGCUGUUUCAAAAGACUAAAAUAACGGAUGAGUACAGUGGAGGAAGGUGUGAGAGAGAUGAAAAACGAACAGAGAAGGAUGCACAUAAAUCAGCAGUCAAUAUGAUGAAAAAGAUGCUGAAGAAAAAAGUUCCACAAGUAUCCAGAAGCUCCACAGCAGCAUAUGCUCGAGAAGCAAAUUCAUCCUCGGCGGAAACAAAACUUAACAAGGUACACCUAAUAAACUCUAAAACGAUAUCCUCAGUUCCAUUCUUCAUAAGGCUGUGACAGAUAAUUAACUUUGACA